AUUCAUUGUUGCUUCAACGAAAAAACCCCAUCAUAGCUACAAUUCCCUAAUUUGAGCGAAGAGCAAGCUUGAAACUUGGAGUGAUAAUGAACUGCUACAUUUCUCAAUAACACAUUCUGCAUUCGAUCAUUGCGAUAUAACGCACGCCUCAACUUGCAUACAUCCGUCUAUCGCUCGAUAUGGCGAUUCUACUACUCCUCGCCUCCCUCUUUGGAGGCUUGGUCUGCUACAUCCUCGGUGUAAUCAUCUACAGAUUAACCCUCCACCCCCUCGCCAAAUACCCCGGCCCAUUCCUCGCAAAAAUUACGGACAUCUACCUCGCAUACUACGCCUACAAGGGAUCACGACAUCUAGCCUUCCACCGCGCGCACGAGCAGUAUGGAACCUAUGUUCGUCUGGGGCCGAAUCUACUUUCUAUCAACACCGCCACGGGGCUAAAGACAAUCUAUGGGUUCCGCUCGAAUGUCAAGAAGGCGUCGUUUUACGAGGCGUUUCCCAGUACGCCAAAGGCCGUCAGCGUACAUAGUGCGAUUGACAAGAUGCAACAUGCGCGCAAGAGACGAGUAAUGAGCCAUGCAUUCAGCGAUUCCGCAAUCAAGAGUUUGGAAAAGUAUAUCCUGGCCAACGUGCGCGUGGGCUGUGAACUACUAGGUCGCAAGAGCAACAACUGGAGCGGAGAGAAGAGUUUGACAGACGAGAAGGAUGGGGGUUGGAACGAUGCGUGGAACACGGCGCAUUGCAAGGGCCAAGCUAUGGAGCGCACGAAGCUUGGUGUGGAUGUUGACCGCAAGGACUUCUUCUACUACCUUCUCAAUGCAAAGGAUCCGGAGACUGGCAAAGGCUUCAGCAUGGAUGAACUGUGGGGAGAGUCGAAUCUCCUGAUUAUUGCUGGCUCGGAUACGACAUCAACGGCUAUGGCUGGCACCUUUUUCUACCUCGCCAACAACCCGUCAGCGUUGCAAAAGGUGUGCAAGGAGAUCCGCGAGGCUUUCGCCGACGUCGAGGAGAUUGUAACCGGACCCAAACUUGGCGCUUGCUCAUUCCUACGUGCAUGCAUCGACGAGACGAUGCGAAUGACGCCCCCGGUAGCCGGCGCUCUUCCACGCGAAGUCCUUGCUGGCGGCCUGGAUGUUGAUGGCCACCAUAUCCCCGCUGGUAUCGAUGUCGGCGUCCCCAUCUACGCCAUUCAUCACAACCCCAAUUACUUCCCUCAACCAUUCGACUACAUUCCCGAGCGAUGGCUGUCGGACCCCUCCGCGAAUCCACUCCAUCAUAGCCUGGCUGCGGCGCAAUCGGCAUACAACCCCUUCAGCAUUGGUCCUAGAGGCUGCAUUGGCAAGGGUCUGGCUUACGUAGAGCUGACGGUGACCAUUGCACGAGUUCUGUACCUGUACGAUCUGAGGUUGGCACCAGGUACAACCCUGGGUGCUGGAAGCAAAGAUCUGGAAGUCGGCAGGACAAGGGCGACUGAGUAUCAAAUCCAGGAUGUGUUUGCGAGUAAGAAGGAUGGGCCGGUUUUGCAAUUUCGAGCAAGAACGUAGGAUACUUAAUGUGGAUACUAGACGGCCAACACGUCGUUGUGUGAUUAUCCCAGACUAGCGUUAGAAUUGUUUCUCCUUACCAUAA